GUGCCUCCUCGCAUAUAAGAAGACAGCCUUGUUCUGACCUCGAGCAGAAGAGAUAUGGAGAUCAACGAGAAAUCCUUACACCAUUGGCAAACAGCAUCUCCCUGAAAUAUCUCUCACUCAUCAAACUUCACCUCCAACCAUGGGCAGAACAUCCGGCAAAGAAGUAACCAACCGCAACCAAGUCCGAUCGGAUAUCGCAGCCGGGGGUUGGGAAGUUGUCUGGGGCGAUCUCAUCAAUGAAGGCGACGCCCUUACCUUUCUCAUCUCCAUUCCCACAGGAAGUGUCGCAGGCUGGGUUACCCAGCAGGUCCAGGCUCAGUUGGCCAAGUUCUCUCAGAGUCUGGGCGAUGUCUCUGAUGAUGUUGUUAAGCAAGCGACCACUUAUCUGGAGAACCUAGUCAAGGGCCGUGGUUCUGGAGAAGCCGACAUCGGUGGGCUGGGAGUCAAGGGUGGCUUUGCUACCUAUAACCGCCACAUGGAAUAUUAUCUUUGGGGUAGGAAGGUUGGCAGUCAUGUUCUGCCUAAUAACCAUCAACCGUACAUUGCUGUGCGCGUUACCAAACCUCUGCCUCCAAAGUGACAUGGGCCGGACAAGCCAACGACCGACUCACGCCGUCUUGCAGAAAUAGACAGAUGGCCAGACCGCGCGAAUGAAGGCGAUAUAUCUCUAAUUUAGUGGUUACCAGUCAUUGCUGAUUCUUUGUCCAAGGUGAUGGAAAAUAUUCUUCAUAUGGCCCGGAAGCACACUUGUCUCUCCAGGUAAUAAUAUGUUUG